AUGCAUGAUGAAGUACAUAAUGGUGUCCUAUUGCCCUGCGCUAGUGGAUGAGUGUGUGCUAGAUCCUUCCUCUACACAGCUCUUGUUGUCACCAUGACUGCUUCACGAUCUUGAAGGUAUACCGGGUUAGUCAUCCCGGAUAAAGGUUUCCGGCUCCACGUGCCUGAAGUCACACAUAACUAGUUGGUCUGCUUUUCCAUUUCUCCAGGAUCCCCACCCUUAAGCGAUAGAAACGAUUGGCUGUCGUGUAUCUCUAGUGGGCGGAAGUCGGUGUUGAAUUGCUUCUCCACAUUACCUCAUCGAGUAUCUCGAAUCUCGGAAAUUCAAGGACACAACGAGAGACUGAGUGGUAUCUUCGGAAUUGUACUCCCUCCCGAAAAUAUAUAUACCAGCCAGGCAGUACACCGAAAAGACCUCUCACAUCAACUUGAACUGUCGUCCUACAGCCCCCCUAAAGCACAAUGACUAUCCCAAACGGAACCCCCAAACCCGUGUCGAGCCGGUUAUACCAGCUCGACCACCCCAACCUAGAAGACUUCAAACAAAUCUGCUCCCAAACUACCACCAAAGCAACCUACCCGCUAGCCGCAUCCGUGGACCAAAACAUCCCAAUCUACAACCUCACUACCCUGGACCCCCAAAACCACGACCAAACAAUCCGCCUCCAAGACGAAUGGUACAACAUCCUACACACGGGCCCGGGGAUCCUCGUCCUAAAAGGCAUGUACACCCCCGCCAAAUACGCACCAACCCUAUCGGCAACAAACAGCGCCUUUUCAACCAUCAUCGCCCGCGAAAGUGAAACCCAUCCAGGGAAAAAAGGCGACCACUUCGCAGCGAGCGGCAAAAACGACCGAAUCUGGAACUCCUUCAGCAAACACGCCCUGGAAGAUCCCCACUCCUUCAUAACCUACUACUCAAACCCCUGGCUCCGGCUCAUCAGUGAAUCCUGGCUCGGACCCGCAUACCGCAUAACCGCCCAAGUUAACGUAGUCAAACCAGGCGGCGCAGCCCAGGACUCCCACCGCGACUACCACCUCGGCUUCCAGGAUUUGGCUCGCUGCGCCGCUUUUCCAAGGAGCAUCCAGCUCGCUAGCCAGCAUCUUACGCUGCAGGGUGCGGUUGCGCACAGCGAUAUGCCGAGGGAGAGUGGGCCGACAAGGUUCUUGCCCUUCAGCCAGAUGUAUGGGCCGGGGUAUCUUGCGUGGCGGAGAGAGGAGUUCCGGGCGUAUUUUAAUGAGAAUUAUGCGGCUUUGCCGUUGGAGUUUGGGGAUGGUUUGUUUUUUAAUCCGGCUGUGUUUCAUGCCGCGGGGGCGAAUGAGACGGUGCCAGAGGGUGGGUUCCACCGGAAGGCGAAUUUGUUGCAGAUCAGUAGUGGGUUAGGGAAGACGAUGGAGAGUAUUGAUACUGUUCCUAUUGUGGAGAGGUGCUGGGAUAUAUUGGUGGAGAGGGUGAGGGGUGCUGGUGGGGUGGUUGAUGGUGAAUUGGAGAAUUUUGUCCUCGCUGUUGGCGAUGGGUAUCCAUUUCCGACGAAUCUGGAUAGACGGCCUCCUGCGCCCAGUGGCAUGGCGCCGGAGAGUGAGCAGGAGAUUAUGGUUAGGGGGUUGAAGGAGGGGUGGGGGAAGGAGAGGGCUGUGGAGGAGUUGAAGAAGAUGAAGGCGGAUUCUUGUGCUUGACCUGUUCUACUGGGGAUCGG